GUUUUCUUCAUAAUUUCGAAGUGUAAAUCUCCCUCCACUGUUUAGUUGGGUUGUUGCCAAACAUGGAAAAUCAAGAGGAUUCUUGUGGAUGUGAGGAGCUUCCAUUGAAUCAUAUAGGAGAUGAGGAAGAGUUUAGAAGCUGUUGUGGUGAUGAAGAAGUUUGGUUAAAGGAGAGUGAUGAUACAGUUAAAGUUGCAGAGGAGGAGAAAAAAGAUGAACUUGAUGAUGAGUUCUCUGUUAAGGUUUUCUUUAAAGGAGUUUCGAUAUCCGAAAAAGGAGAUUCGGGUUCUGGUUACUCGGGAAUUGGUGUUGUGUUGGAGAGAUCUGGAGAUUUUGAGUUGAUUCAGGUUCAGAAGAAGUUGGAUUUUUAUGUUGAAGAGUCUGUAGCUAACUAUUUAGCUUUAUUGGAUGGUCUUGAGGUAGCUUUACAGAACAACCUCCGCUCUGUGGUUGCUGUAACUGACUCCGAGUUGCUCUAUAACCAGAUAACUUGUGAGGAGCAGCUCGAGAUCCCUCUUUUGGCAGCUCUGAGAGAAAGGGUAUUGGAGAAAUCAAGUAACCUUGAUGGGUUUGUUCUAAAGCUUGCUCCUUUUUGUGAUCUUGAUGAAGCUCUAAGCUUGGCUCAAGUAGCGGUAGGAAUCGUGUCUUCUAAUUUCCAUGGGGAUAAACCAACCGAGAACUGCUCGAUCUGCUGUGAAGACCGUCAGUCUGAGAUGAUGCUAACAUUGAAGUGCACUCACAAAUUCUGUUCGCACUGCAUGAAAACAUACGUCGAAGGGAAAGUACAGUCUUCAGAAGUUCCCAUCAGGUGUCCUCAAGAGCAAUGCAAGCAUUAUCUCUCAGCCAUGGAAUGCAAAUCAUUUCUGCCCGUCGCUACUUUCAAAUUAUUCGAGGAAGCAAAUGUGCGUAGUAAGAAUAAUGGCAAGAUUUACUGCCCAUAUCCCAAUUGCUCUUUUCUGUUAGACCCGCAAGAAUGUCUAUCAUCAGGAAGGGCAAGCUCAAGCUCGUCUACUCAGUCAGAGAAUAGCUGCUGUGUGGAGUGUCCGGUCUGUGAGAGGUUUGUGUGUGUGGACUGUGGUGUUCCUUGGCAUGCUUCCAUGAGCUGUGAAGAGUUUCAGAUUCUUCCGGUUGAUGAAAGAUAUCCAGAUGAUAUUACAUUGCAUCGCUUGGCAAGGUAUAAGAGGUGGAGACGAUGUCAGCAAUGUCGUAUAAUGAUCGAGCUUUCUCAAGGCUGCAACCACAUGACUUGCCGGUGCGGGCACGAGUUUUGCUACUCAUGUGGAGCAGAGUACAGAGAAGGGCAACAGACUUGCACUUGUGCUUUUUGGGACGAUGAUGAAGAAGAUCAAGAAAACGCAGUAGAAGAAAACACAAUUCAAGAAGUUGAGCAAUGGCCUUGGGACACAUUUAACUCAAUUCCAACUGUAAUGGACGCUUACUCAGAGCAAGAAAGAUCUCAGCUUGCUUUGAUCCAAAGGUUCUUAGCAGGUGGAGGGUUUAGUCUCAGUGAUCACCAUACUUCUUAUCAGUCACCGCCGCCUCCAUGUACAGAGUCAUCGUAUGUUGAAGCUGCCAUGAAAGAUCUUCAUCAGCUUCCUUGGCUUGAGAGGUUUGUGUCUGUUAUAAGUGAUGAUUACUAUGAAGAGUAUAAUAGCCAGUGAAAGGAGUAGAAUGGUAAUUUAAUAGCUUUGAGGAUUCGGUUUGGUUUGGUUCGGAGAGGCCAAACGAGAGUAUCUCGCUCUCGAAAGAAAUUGUUGGGGGGUUUUAGAUUCUUGAUGAACUCAAACAAUGAAUUGUGAUGAAACUAUUUGCAAUUAUAAAAAGAAGAGUUUGAUCAUCUCCAUUCAACAAAUCCUGCAAGAAAGAUUAACGUUCUUA